CCACAAUGCAAUCAAUCUGUCUUAUCUCUCUACAGAGAAAGAAAUAAGAAGUAUUCCCAGAAAGCGGGGAUACUUAAUCUCUAUAUCUUCCUCCCAAACACAAGCUAAUCUUCCAUCGGGUUUUGGUCGCCAUGGGUGUCUCCGGCGAACCAGUGGAGGUGGAUUCCGGCCAGUCCCGCCUCAGGGAGCUCGGCUACAAGCAAGAGCUCAAGCGCGACCUCUCGGUGUUCUCCAACUUCGCGAUAUCGUUCUCGAUCAUAUCGGUGUUGACGGGGAUAACCACGACUUACAACACGGGCCUGAGAUUCGGUGGCACUGUGAGCAUGGUCUACGGAUGGUUCCUGGCGGGGGCCUUCACCAUGUGCGUCGGCUUAUCCAUGGCUGAGAUCUGCUCCUCUUACCCUACUUCCGGCGGUCUCUACUACUGGAGCGCCAAGCUCGCCGGUCCCGCCUGGGCUCCUUUCGCUUCCUGGAUGACCGGCUGGUUCAACAUUGUCGGUCAGUGGGCUGUCACCACGAGCGUGGAUUUCUCUCUGGCUCAGCUGAUUCAGGUGAUCGUGCUUCUCGCCACUGGCGGAAAGAGCGGAGGCGGAUACGAAGCGUCCAAAUACGUAGUCAUCGCCAUUCAUGCCGGAGUCCUCUUCACUCACGCCAUCCUCAACAGCCUCCCCAUCUCUGUCUUGUCUUUCAUCGGCCAGCUUGCUGCUCUCUGGAAUCUUCUCGGUGUAUUGGUGCUCAUGAUUCUGAUUCCUUCGGUCUCCACGGAAAGAGCCAGCACUGAAUUUGUGUUCAGUAAUUUCAACACUGAUAAUGGCGUUGGAAUUAGCAGCAAGCCUUACAUGUUCCUUCUUGGACUUCUGAUGAGCCAAUAUACCAUCACAGGGUACGAUGCCUCUGCCCACAUGACAGAGGAGACGAAGAGCGCGGACAAGAACGGGCCGAAAGGAAUAAUAAGCGCGAUUGGAAUCUCGAUACUAUUCGGUUGGGGAUAUAUAGUGGGCAUAAGCUAUGCAGUGACAGACAUCCCAUACCUGUUGAGCGAGAGCAACAACUCUGGUGGGUACCCCAUUGCCGAGAUCUUCUACAUGGCUUUCAAGAACAGGUUCGGGAGUGGGACGGGGGGAAUCUUGUGCUUGGGGGUGGUAGCCGUGGCCAUAUUCUUCUGCGGGAUGAGCUCUGUCACCAGCAAUUCCAGAAUGGCUUAUGCGUUUUCGAGAGACGGGGCGAUGCCUUGGUCGGGUUUAUGGCACAGAGUGAACAAACAUGAGGUGCCCAUAAACGCAGUGUGGCUAUCGGCAUUCAUCUCCUUCUGCAUGGCUCUCACUUCGCUGGGGAGUCUUGUAGCGUUUCAGGCAAUGGUGUCAAUAGCGACAAUCGGAUUGUACAUAGCAUACGCAAUACCUAUAUUCCUAAGAGUGACAUUGGCUCGUAACAGAUUCAAAGCAGGGCCCUUCAACCUGGGCGGCGGCCGGUUCGCUCUGGCGGUCGGGUGGGUGGCGGUUCUAUGGGUUGCGACCAUCUCAGUGCUCUUCUCGCUGCCGGUGGCAUUCCCAGUGACCUCAGAGACACUCAAUUACACUCCCGUCGCCGUCGGUGGCUUCCUCCUCCUCUCUAUCUCUUCUUGGCUUCUCAGUGCUCGCCAUUGGUUUACAGGACCCGUCGCCAAUAUCACCCCCACCAUAAACUGAAUGAAACGAUUCUACUACAUCUCUAUUUGAUGUUAUUAUUGUCUCGGGGUUGAAUAUUAAUCAUGAUUAUUAUUAUUUUUUUAUAAUGGAUAACCCAGGAUGGGAUCAAACUCCUA